AUGACUGCUGGUUCAAUAUCUGCUCCGUCAAUAAUUCCAUUACGUGUUGGAUAUACACAAAAAUUUUCCAUUGAUACAAAUACAUUGAUUGAAAUACGUAGUGAUACAAAUGAUGUUGAUAUUUAUUAUACAUUAGAUGGUUCAAAACCAGAUGCAUUUAUAACAUUAGCAACACGACAAUCAAUGCGUCGUUCAACAAUUAAUUCAUUAGUACAAGAAAAUCCAACUAAUUAUACAUAUUCAAAUUCUCAAAUACAAACAAAUGUUUUAAGAUGUGCACAUUGUUUUGCACCUAAGUCAAAUGAUUUAUAUACACGAUUUUGUACGGAAUGUGGUCUAUCUUGGCAAAAACUAACCCAUAAUCCACCGGAUAAUUAUUCAACAAGAAUUCUAUGUCCUCAUUGUAAAUCAACAAAUCCAAUACAUUUACGAACAUGUUAUAUUUGUGAAAAUGUAUUAAUGCCAACAUCAACACCACCAGAAAAACGAACUUCAAUUUCAAUUCCAACAAUAUCAAAACAAACAAAUACAAUGAUGAUAACAUGUUCAAAAUGUUUUCGUUUAAAUAAUCCUAAUACUCGUUUUUGUGAUUGGUGUAGUGUAUAUCCUGAUCAUGCAUCUACAUCAAUACAAUGUACAAAAUGUCAUACUAAUAAUGAUUCAUUUGCAAAAUUUUGUUCAACAUGUGGAUGUGUUAUUGAACCACCAUUACAUAUUAUUGAUACACGUCUUUAA